GAGAGAGAGAGGAGGUUUCACGCUGGUGUUUAUGGUAUGGUGCCCUCCACUUCACGCGUGCGGUCCACUUCCUCGUACGGCGAGGAGGUGGACCAUAGGCGUGGCCUUUGCUCUGCUUCGCCAUGGCGUGCAAGCAGAGAGAGGGAGAGAGCGUUCCUUCUCUUGAACUCUCUUGGUUGGUACCAACCAAGAGAGUUCUUUUCACCAAAAAACCCGGUGCAUAACUAAGAGGGUAGGAUCAUGCAUCAACAUGGGCAUUCCAAAAGGUAAUCUUUGGAGGACUGGAGGAGGGAGCGAAGGGGACGAAUGAGAAUUCGCCAGUGCAGCAGCAACAGCAGCGCCACAAAGAAUUCUUUCCCUCGUUGAUGUCACCAACAUCGAUAGCGUUACAGGACUCCGGCAGCAGAAAGGGGGCAGGGAAGCAGGAAAAGCUUGCACUCGUCGCCUCCAUCCACUUGGAUGCUAAUGUACAUGUGCAGGUCUCACUUCAGUCCCCGGAUUCGGCUUCUCCAAAUAUUCUAUCCGAUUCGGCGUUUAAAGCGGAUUACAUAUUCUACCAAGGUGGCGCCAUGGCAGAGGUGGUGGUGAUGGUGGAGGGUGCACCGAUCAGGAAAAGGAAGCAACUGGCGUUCUAGUUUAGCUUAUCCACCUUGCACUCCCCUGCUUUUAUUUACUUCAUGUUCGAAUGGUCCGGCAUUUCACUUUUGCUCCCCCCACUACUCUCUUUAUUUCUUUCGUUUAGAGCUUUAUAUAUAUAUAUAUAUAUAACCCACCCACCAACAUAACAUAGAUAUCUUCCAUUAGAUUAUUUAACUACAUGCUUCAUCACAACGGUACCACUAACAGUCGUGCAACCGUUAGUUAGCCCACGGGCUGUUGUUCAACGAUGAAUCAUGACUCGGCUCGCAUUCCAUAACCAUGACAUCGCGACGAUUAUUUGGGCUAUAAUUGGGCUGGUCUUUUCAGGCCUGUGUUCGUUAAACUUGACACGUGUUAAUUUUAGUCGCCAUUUCAUGGUCACCUGCUCAGCUUUGUGACUCGUGUUAAGCAAUCGUCGUGGGUGAUGGAGAGACUCGGCGACGACGAGUUGGGGCUGGUGCUGACGAGCGUCGUCCGUUGGCGCGACCGCAAGUCCUGCGCCCGCGUCUGCCGGCGGUGGCGCCGCGUCGAGGCCCUCACCCGCUCCACCCUCCGCGUCCUCGACCCCCAUUACCUCCCCCGAUUCCUUCCCCGCUUCCCCAAUCUCACCGCCCUCGAGGCCGCCACGCCCAUCUCCGACGCCGACCUCGACCUCAUCGCUCGAUCCUGCCCUGACCUUGAAUCCCUGAACCUCAACGCCCACCGUAGCCGAAUCGAGCUCGACGAAGAGCCCCAAGGCGUCGAACCGCCUGACGUCACUGACGCCGGCUUGUGCGUCAUCUCCAUCUGCUGCCGGAAACUUAAAAACAUCUCUUUGAGGAGGAGGAAGGGAGUCGGCGACGUGGGUGCCAUCGAAUUGGCGAAGCACGCCAAGGGUUUAUCUUCUCUUGAUUUGUCCUGGUGUAGUAAGGUCACGGACCGGGCGGUCGGAGCGUUCUGCGCCUUGAACUCGCUGAUGGUCUUGUGCCUCCGGGGCUGCCCCUUGGUCACCGACUCCGGAUUGGCUUGUCUGGCCAACGGGCCAUUGUCGAGAUCCCUGAGAGUGUUGGACGUCUCUGAAUGCGAUCAGAUUACAGACCUCGGUGUUUGCUUGUUGCGGCACAUCCCGUGCUUGGAAGAAUUGAGUCUUGCAGACUGCGGGCCGAUGAUUACGGAUGUGGGAGGCAUCGCCAUUGCGUCUAUCGUUGGCCUUCAGAGUCUUGAUCUUUCGUGGCUAAUCAAUUUGUCCGAUGCCACACUUAUUGCGCUGGCUCGGAACUGCAGGAACAUGGUUGAGAUCAACGUGACGGGUUGUGAAUUGGUUACUGGUGUGGGGAUUCUUUCCUACUCGAACCACCCGGCACUAAAGAUCCUUGUCUUAGCUUCGUGUUAUGGUGUCUCUGCCAACGAUGUCGAGCGGAUGAUGCUGGCAAGUCCAUCUCUGAGGCAUGUCGGGUUGGACAAAUCAUUGAGGGGUUGGAUGCCAUCUUCGGUACAGGAGAAGCUGUCUCAUAUCUGCAGGAUAGAUUGGCUUUGAGAUGUCGAUGCAAUGGACAAUGUUGGUAGGUGAACUCAGAUUUGGAACCUCAAGGUAGAUCAUCACACAUCUGGGGAGCAUGCAGGAAAUUGGUCUCUGAUGUUGAAUUGGAUUGGCAAAUUUUACAGCAUGGAGAUUGUUGGUAUCUUUUUAAUGUUGCUCCGUGUCUUAUUGCACAUGUAUCGAUCAUGGAGAUUGUAAAUUUUACAUGGCUUUGGGAAGACGUGGUUGUGGUGUAAGAGACGUCUGAGAGCUUCAAAUUUUACCGAUAGAAGUUACAAAAUUAGAGAAUCCUGAGGUUACGGGACUUGAAACUCUUCCUAUUUUGAUAUUUCUUUUCUUCUCCAGUCUCAUUUUCUUCUGUGCGCCUCUUUGGAGCUUAGCUUGCACAAUUCCUUAACAAGAUUAUUAUGUGAAUGCAAGUGUUGCUGCACAUCAACUUUGUGCUCGCUGUAUAGGAGAGUUUUCAUAGUCUCUGGGCAAAGUGCAUGAAUUUGUCUGCAUACAACAUCCUCGGAGGGGAAGAUGUCGAUGGGAAUGCUUUGCCAGUGUAAGAUGUGGCUCCGCAACAUUGUCUUAGGAAAAGAAGACUGAUAUCUGAGCUGCUUGUUUCUUCCCUCCUCCCUUCUUGGUGGAAGAUAAGACUUCAGCACCUUCCACGGACUCUGUUCUGGAGGACUAUGCAUAUGUAUGUGCACACGAACGCUCUGAUCUCUGGGUUUGUGAAGACCCAGCUAAGUUAUAUUAACUAUUUCAAUGAUACGCAAAGGGCUCGCUUUGACCGUCA